AUGGGUAUCAAGUUCACCAAAACCCAGUUGGUUUCAGCCCACUCCAUUGACAUGGCUGCUGAUGGGCCUUCCAACUUCCUUGGGCUGCCAGUCUCCAUUGUGGUCUUGGCUCCAUUGAAUAGGGGCUACCUGAACAACCCGGAGGAGGAGGAGGAGUUCUGCAUCUACAACCCGCCCAACCCCAAUGCCUGCAGCAGCUUCUGGCGUGACCCGUGGGGCGUGUUGGCCUUCCUCACCUGCCUGCUCUACCUGGCUUUCAGCGUGUACUUCCAUAAUCCAGCAGUGUCGAAGGACGCAGAAGCCGUCCUGUCUGACGCCGGUGUCUCGGCCUUCUGGGCCUUCUUCUGGUUCGUGGGUUUCUCUGGCCAGCAGUGGCAAGUCUCAAGCCAAAAAAAGGACAACCCUCUGAAUGAAGGGACAGGCGCAGCCCGGGCUGCCGCCGCCUUCUCGUUCUUCUCCAUUUUCCAGUGGGCAGGUCAGGCCGUGCUAGCCUUCCAGCGGUAUCAGAUUGGCCGACUCGGCCUCUUCUCCCAGGACAUGGAUCCCAGCCAGGACUCCAGCAUGCCUUAUGCCCCCUACGUGGAGCCCAGUGCUGGGUGGGACCCUGCUGGCAUGGGUGGCACCUACCAGCAUCCAGCCAACGCCUUCGAUGCUGAGCCCCAGGGCUACCAGUCGCAGGGCUACUGAGCCCCCGCUGAUGGUGGUGACAGUGACCGCCUACCCUGCCCCUGCCCUUCCAUCCUAGCUCCCCUCCCAAGCACCCUGCUCCCUCCCAGGUGACCCUGCCUCGCACACGCUCAGCCUCCAAGUGACUCCACUGAGGCCCAGUGCAGCUGGGGUGGGGAAUGAUGGGGUGUGUCCACAUAUGUGUGCAAGUGUGUGCCCAGGAGGGGUCUAGAGGUGGGGCCCAGGGGUUACAGUCAUUCAUUGUGUCCUUGAGCAUCCACUGAGCACCUACUGUAUGCCAGGCCUUGCUCAGCUGGGGAGAGAGAGAGAGAGAUAGAGAGGGGUAAGGAAAGCUGAGGAGGCCCUGUUCCAGACACAGGAGAGGUGGGACAUUUACUGGGAAGUUUGGCUGCAGGGGGCUC